UCGAGCAGUUCGCUCGAGACCGUCCCACACGGCGGUCCAACCGGUUUGCUGAAGAAAAUCUUUGAUAGUGAAUUGUAUCGAGGUCAUACUAAUGAUAACGUAGAUCAAAAUCAUUGGUGAUUGUAAGGUGCCAUACUCUGAAUUGAUGCUGGCAGAGCGUUCUCUACCGCAUGCAAGUACGGACGUGUUGGACGAAGAUCGCGAAAAGCACUAUGAGGUGGAUUGCUGCAAUCGUAGGACUAGUGUUCAUUCUAGUCCUGCUUCAAGACUCCGAGGCCAGUUCCCUUAUCCCCCGAAGAAGAUGGGCACGGAGUAUAGACUUGAAUGACGUUUUCCAUAUGUGGCAUCAAAGUAGGCUACCAAGGGAGGUUGUGCCGACUGUGUACGUAUUAAAACUCGAACCUUUCGCCGGCAUUGAUAAGUACAAAGGCGAACUCAAAGUGAACGUCACCUGGAUGAACACUACUGAUCGGAUUAUUCUGAACGUUCAUCCACAUCUAACAAUCGACGACUACCACGUCAGGAUUGUGGAACGAUCACUGAAGGAAAGGGAAAAUGGAUGGCCCAUGUUGAACGUACACGUGCUCAGGGUAGAGCAGCCAACGGCGAAGAGACCUAAAUUCGUGUUGCAGCUACAAGAAAUGUUGGACAAAGGUACCGUUUGCGAAGUAUCCAUUAAAUUCACCGGAAAGCUAAUCACCAACGAGACUAGCGGAUUUUUCAAGAGCGAGUACAUCGAUUCGGAUGGACAGAAACAUAAUUUCGUGGCUACUUACCUUGGACUGGGCCAAGCGCAGAAAGUGUUCCCGUGCAUGGACGAGCCGCUUUUUAAAGCCAUUUUCAAACUCGCUGUCUUACGUCCGAAAAACAUGACAGCUAGAUCAAAUACUCCGCUUGCAAUGUCUGUUGCGUCAGUUGACAAGCCAGACAUGAUUUGGGACUAUUUCGAAGAUACGCCACAAAUGACAACUUAUCAAUUGGCUUUGGUUGUAUCUGAUUUCGAAAGUAUAUCCCCGACAAAGGAAGUCGACGAAAUGAACGGAACGAGAUUGGAAAUUAAGGUUUGGGGUCGGAAAGAAUACCUGAAGGCUUUGGAAGAUGUACCUGACAAGGUGGUCACGAUCAUGAACUAUUUCCAAGAAUACUUUAACAGCUCUAUUCUAUUGCCCAAACUCGAUUUAAUGGCAAUCCCAUCGUACAGCGCUGCAAAACCUUCUGAUGGCUGGGGUUUAAUGCUUUUCAAAGAAAGCGAGCUAAGCAGUCCUUGCUACUGGAACACGGCCUACGAACUUGUCUAUCAGUGGAUCGGCCAGUAUAUCGCGACGUACCGUUUAAGCGAUGCUCACGUUAACAAAGCUCUUAAUUCGUUCCUAGCUUCAAUGGCCACGGUGGAUCUCAAUCCGGACGAAGUUGAAGGAAAGUGGCCAAUGACCAUGCUGUACUCUCUCUAUUACGAAUUAGGGAAGACCGAACCUUUCUCUAGAGUCGCGGGAAUCAAGAGAGAAGCAACAUCAUUGAAAAUGGAACUAGUAUUCCGAAUGUUCAAUUACACUCUUGGCCCGGAUCUAUUGCAGGAAGGAAUCAGGAACUUCAUUAAAGAAAACUCGGAAGGAACACAGCGGUUAGUCUAUACAGACGAAAUCUACAGCCGACUGAACGACGUUGUCAAUGGAACGGACAUUUUACCCCCAGGUUCAACGAUCAACAGCAUCGCUGUAUCGUGGAUCAAUCGAAACAGAAUACCAGUGGUCACGGUCAUACGGGAUUAUGAAACUGAAACGAUUACCUUCAGCCAGAAAGUUUAUCUUAGAGAAGCACCGCCAGAAUCGUCGUCUAAAUUGUACUAUAAAUGGGAUAUACCACUUGUAAUCGCAACGGAGGAUAAAUGGGAACUAGACAAACCGUGUCGCUUAUGGUUGACGAAGUCCAAUGAACCGAUAAAUCUCACUAUUCCCGACACUUAUGACGAAGACAAAUUUAUUAUUGUUAAUCCCGAAGAAAUAGGAAUGUUCCCCGUGAAUUAUGACAUAUGUAACUGGAGAUUGCUGUCGGAAUAUUUGCAAAGCGACAAACGCGAAACAAUUCCAGUUUUGACUAGAGCGAAACUGAUCCACGACGCGUGGAAUUUAGCGUACGCAGGUGAACUCUGUUUCGGAAUUGCAUUGAACAUGACGCUCUCAUUAAAAGAAGAAAGGAGUCAUGUGGUGUGGGAACCUGUAUUCAUGAUGAUCGACCAUAUUGGAAGACGUAUCCAAGGAAGUGGAUCAGUCCAACCUAAAUUUGAGGCAUAUGUACGAACAUUGCUAAUACCUUUGUACGUUGAACUAAAUGAAUCGAAUCGAGACGGUGAACCGUCUUGGAAAACUCAUAUGCGCACAAUGGCGAAGCAUUUCCUGUGCCAUUUUGGUUACAGUCCAUGCGUGGUUGAAGCUAGACAAGAGUAUAAGAAAUGGUUGACCAAUGAAGAACCGGAUAAAGGGAAUCCAGUGGCCAAUGAAUUUAUCUGCCCUGUGUUCAAAUGGGGUACCGACGAAGAAUGGGAAUUUGGCCUGCAACGUGUCAUUAACUUCCCGCAGAAUACUCCCGAAAGGAAACAGAAUGAACGCACGUACUUGUUGAAAUCUCUAGCGGGAUGUACGAAAGACAAGCGCAGAAUGGAAAGGUUAUUGCACGUAAUUUUCGAGAAAAAUGGAAACUUCUCGGAUUCCGAUAUCCGCCUCAUCUUCACCACGUUAACUGGCGACGCAGUUUUCACGAGCGUCCUAUCCAACUUCUUGACCAAACAUUGGGACACUGUGAAACCGAGAUUCGAGAACAAUACACAAGGAUGGAACAAGGGAAUAAUGGAUUUAAUAUCCUCCGUAUUUAAUAAUAGUAGUAGUACCCAGGAAGAAGAAAAGACUGCGAGUAGUGUCAUCGUAGAUAUGUCAUCCAUGACAUACGAAAAGGAAUGGGAGUUGAAGAACCUUCCAGUAAUUGAAUCAUGGCUCAACGAAUACUUAUGCAUACGUAACAAUGGAACAUGUGACCACUAUCCCGAAAUAAUGUUUUAUGGAUAACAAUACAAACACGUUGUGCAUUUGAAGAUAACACAUUUCUUCAAAUUUGUUUCGCUAUAAAGAACUUUGCGCAUGUAAUAUUCACUGAAACAACUUAUGAACUUGCAUUUCCUAAAUAUUAUUUAAUUCUUCGAUUGUAUUUAAUGCAAAUUUUCUUGACGAUUUAUGGUCCAACUGUAUAUAUGAUCGAUCUGGCGUGUCAUUAGAGUGAUUAUUAGAAGUCGAGGUUAAUAUUCAAAGGAAUCGCACGAAUGUUAAGCGAUGGAGCAGAGGAAGCUUUUAAUAAAUAAGUUUAUCGGUAUCAUAUGAUUUUGUAUCAUAUACUUCGUUUAUUUUGGUGGACAAGAAGUUCUAGCAUAUCUGUAAUUGCUGCAAAAUGUUCACAUAAAGAUAAUAGAAAGAAUUGUAUAAAUUGCGCGUAACGAAAGUCAUUGUUGAUAGUGGGGGUUAAAGUCAUAGUAGUGUAAAUGACAUUUCCGAAAAUUGUCCACACUACGCAUUGAUAUGUAAUUUACACAGGUCAAAAUGUUAAAAAUACGAGCGAAAUAAGCUAUAACUUAAUUAUAAAAUAACUUAACCAUAAAUUAACUUAAUUGUAAAAUAUAAAUGAACCAAACUAUAAAUUGGAAUAUAAAUGAACUAAACUAUAAAUUUCUUGUCUCUUGCAAUCAGGAAAAUGUGACACACGCCGCUAUGACUUUAACCCUGUUAAUUGUUGUGUAUAGCUUAAUUGUUAUUCGAAAAUUUAGAAAAUUCAGAAACAUGUAAUAAAUGUAACAAUAAAAACGUUUAAAUACUGUUUUAACUCAAUGAAA